AACCUUCAGAAGGUUCACUUAUUGAUGGUCAGCUAGCUGGGAAGACAGACAGCUCACUAAUGAUGAUUUGCGCUAUUGUGCCUCUAGAAGAUUUACGUGCAUCCUCUUGCUUCUUUCUUUUCUGGGUAUUUCAUGAAAGUUAG